AUGCAUUUCUAUCAGAACUUCCUGACUCUCCUAGCCUUCGGAGCCACUCUCACGGCAGCGCAGACCCGCGGUGGUACAUUUUCCAAGUCCACUCAACAGUGCACCUUGACUUCCGGCGGCCCAAGCGCCCUUAUCGCGGUGUUGGCUUGUCCGGCUCAUUCCCAGUGCUCCUCGGAUGGAAGCGGCUGUACUAGCGCUAGUUACAAUCCCGUUGCAGAUCAAUGCACUUAG